AUGACCCGAAUUUCGAACGCUGUCACCCUGCUCGGCGCAGGCACACAAGGCUCACGCCUGGCCUAUAUGUGGUCUCGUCUCGGAAGACCAGUGUAUAUCGUGGACAAGAACUCGAAUCAGCUAUCCCAAGCAUCAAGCAGCAUUGAGAAGCUGCGCCGCAAAGAGUCAUCACCUAGUGAACACGGUCCAAUCAUCGAGCUCAUCGCCGCUGAUUUGGACAAGGCGCUCCGUGAAUCCUGGCUGGUUAUCGAGUGUGUCCCGGAGAAUCUAGAUCGCAAACGAUCGAUCAUCAAGCAGCUCGACAGCCAAGCCGAUCCAGAUAUCAUCAUCGCGUCCAACUCCAGCAGCUACUCAAUCACGGAGGUCUGCGACGGCCUGGAGUUCAACGCCGAUGACCGAUUCGUGAAUCUGCACUCUUUCUGGCCACCAGAGACACGAGUCCUCGAAAUAAUGGGCACCGACAAAACCCGCCCCGAGAUCAUCCCGCGCCUCAUGAACGAGUCCCGCGAGCAUGGCUUCCAGCCCUUCCACGUCCGCAAGUCCUCCACCGGAUACAUCUUCAAUCGGAUCUGGGCCGCGAUUAAGCGAGAGACUCUGAUGGUGCUGGAGGAAGGCAUUGCCACCCCGGAAGAAGUCGACCAGAUGUACAAGGCCGUCCUGCACACUCCCAAGGGCCCCUGCGAGCAGAUGGAUGUGGCCGGGCUGGACGUGAUCCUGGCGAUCGAGGAGCAUUACGCGGAGGUCCGUUCGGGCAUCCCCGACGGACCGCGCAAGUAUCUGCGGGAGAUUGUGGGUCGGGGGGACCUUGGGGUGAAAACUGGUGCUGGGUUUUUUGAUUAUAAUGAGUAAGGAGAUGGUGACAGUGUGGGUGCUUAUGUUUCUGUAUACUGUCUUGUGAAGUCCCUUGGCUUGAGUCUGGUUUAUGUGAUUCAUGAUUGUUGUCAGUUAUCAAGGGACGGCAUGUAAAGUAUUUCGGUCUACGAAGUAUGGGCAUCUUGGCUGGUUG